ACAUUUCAUGAAUAAUCAAGGUGACUGAAUUUUGUGGCGGAAACUGUAAUAUGAUUCUGCUUAUCUCCGUUUAAGAUGGUCAGUGAUAGUGAGGAAGAAGAUACAGUGGUGAAGAUUGGGAAUGUACUGCAGGAAAUUGAUGAGGAGAACUGGAUUACCAUGGGUGGGGUCGAUGAUAGAUCUGCUUGUACAUUUAUAAGGGGAUAUGUAAAACGACAGGCGCUUUACACUUGUCAUACAUGUUUAAACGUAGACAAAGUAAAAGCUGCGAUUUGUUUUCCUUGUGCGAUUGAGUGUCAUUCUGACCAUGAUAUAGUUGAGCUAUACACCAAACGAUAUUUCAGAUGCGACUGUGGAAACUCAAAAUUUGCUGGUGUUUGUAACUGUCUAUUGUGGGAGGAGAAGGACGAUGAAAAUGAUUUGAACCGGUACGAUGACAAUUUUUCUAACCGAUAUUGCACGUGUCAACGUCCGUAUCCAGACCCGGAUUAUGACGGUGUUGAAGAAAUGAUUCAAUGUGGCAUAUGCGAAAACUGGUUUCACUUGGAGCAUCUCAACAUGGAUAAAGAAUUCGAACCACCCGAAGAUUAUAACGAGAUGACCUGUUUUAUGUGCGUUAAAAAGUACGCGUUUCUUUUUAUGUAUGCAUAUAACACUGAGGAGACGUUCCGGAAAUCUUUUACAAAGAAUUCUAAAAGGUUGAGGAAAACCGUAAAUGAAGGUACGACUCAUCCGGAAGACAGUUCUUAUUGUCGUUUGUCCAUGUGGGCUAGUAAAAUGAAACAACACGUGCCUGAGUUCUGCUGUUCGUCUCUUGAUAACUUGGACAACCUCGACCCCAAUCUAGUACCAUCAGUGUUUUGGAUCUCUGAUUGGAGAAGCUUCCUUUGUCGAUGCGAAAACUGCAAGGAAAUGUACAAGCACCUUAAUGUCGAAUUUCUAUUGGAUCCUGAAGACUCAGUAUCCCAUUACAUGCAACUGGGAAAACAGAGGACUAAAUCAAUUAACGAGGAAGAAAAACGCACACUAAAUGAGGCUCUUGCAGAGUUGCCGCAUCCUGCAGCAGUAAAUUUUGCAACGGGAUUCGUACGACUGAAAGAGGCUCUGGAGGAAUUUUUCACCAAGAAGAGAGACAAAAAUCACAUUGUAACAGAAUCAGAAGUAAAAGCUUUUUUCGAAGACUUUCGGAAGCGCAGUCAAUCGUAACUACAUUUGACCGAAUAAAUUUCAAUUAAUUUAUUUCCUGGAUUUAUAAUAUAUUGAACCUUGACUGUAAUUAAAUUCCACUCUGAUUAGUGCUCAUCGAUGUCUAUAUUUUGCUGAUAAUCUCUAGUUUUAUUUCCAAUACAGUUGCCACUUAAAAAUACCGAAAUUGUGACAAGCUUCACAAUGUAUUUAUAAACGACUCUAGGCCUCAGCUUUUUC